AUGGCCGGAGCCCCCGCCCUGGCCCUGCUCCUGCUUGGGCAGCUGCUGGCCGCCACCGUGACCGUGGCCGAGGCGCAGAAAGUGGGACCUCGAGGCCCCCCCGGCCCCCGAGGACCACCUGGGAAGCCAGGCAAGGACGGCAUUGAUGGAGAAGUUGGUCCUCCAGGGCUGCCUGGGCCCUUGGGACCGAAAGGGGCCCCGGGGAAGCCAGGGAAACCAGGAGAGGCCGGGAUGCCGGGACUGCCUGGCGUGGAUGGUCUGACCGGGCAGGAUGGACCCCCUGGACCCAAGGGCGCCCCCGGAGAACGGGGAAGUCUGGGACCGCCAGGGCCACCUGGGCUGGGGGGCAAAGGCCUCCCUGGAUCCCCCGGAGAGGCAGGGGUGAGCGGCGUUCCAGGCGGAAUUGGCCUCCGGGGCCCCCCGGGACCCUCUGGACUCCCAGGCCUCCCUGGCCCCCCGGGACCUCCCGGCCCCGCUGGUCGCCCAGGGGUCCUUCCCGAAGGCGCCGCUGACCUUCAGUGCCCUGCCAUCUGCCCGCCAGGCCCCCCGGGGCCCCCAGGAAUGCCAGGGUUCAAGGGACCCACCGGCUACAAGGGGGAGCAAGGAGAAGUCGGCAAGGACGGCGAGAAGGGUGACCCCGGCCCCCCUGGGCCCCCUGGCAUCCCAGGCACCGUGGGGCUGCAGGGUCCACGGGGCCUACAAGGAUUCCCAGGGCUACUCGGACCCCCCGGGGACCGGGGUCCCAUUGGAUUCCGAGGGCCCCCCGGGAUCCCAGGAGCCCCUGGGAAAGCGGGUGACAGAGGCCGGAGGGGCCCAGAGGGGUUGCGCGGCCCCAAGGGCGACCUCGGCAGGCCUGGUCCUAAAGGCGUCCCUGGCAUGUCCGGGCUGGUCGGAGAGCCGGGCAUGCCGGGCAAGGAUGGCCGGGACGGUGUGCUGGGGCUCGAUGGCGAGAAGGGAGAAGCUGGUCGCAGUGGUGCCCCAGGAGAGAAGGGUCCCAAUGGGCUGCCGGGUCUCCCUGGACGAGCAGGGUCCAAGGGUGAGAAAGGAGAACUGGGCAGAGCUGGAGAGCUGGGCGAGGCCGGCCCCUCAGGAGAGCCCGGUGUCCCCGGAGGCGCUGGUGUGUCCGGGGAGCGUGGCGAGGCUGGCCACAGGGGCUCAGCGGGGGCUCUGGGCCCACAAGGCCCCCCCGGAGCCCCUGGUGUCCGCGGUUUCCAGGGCCGGAAGGGCAGCAUGGGAGACCCCGGCCUGCCCGGCCCCCAAGGCCUCCGAGGCGGCGUGGGCGACCGGGGCCCGGGAGGAGCUGCAGGCCCCAAGGGCGACCAGGGCAUCGCGGGCGCCGACGGCCUUCCUGGGGAUAAAGGAGAACUGGGUCCCAGUGGCCCUGUCGGACCCAAAGGAGAGUCCGGCAGUCGAGGGGAGCUGGGUCCCAAGGGCAUCCAGGGCCCCAACGGCACCAGCGGCAUAGACGGCGUCCCAGGCCACCCUGGCCCCAUGGGCCUGCAGGGCGUGCGAGGCGUGCCUGGCAUCGCCGGGAAACCCGGAGUCCCGGGGAAAGAGGCCAGCGAGCAGCGCAUCAGGGAGCUGUGUGUGGGCAUGGUCAGCGAGCAAAUCGCACAGCUAGCCGCACACUUGAGGAAGCCCUUAGCGCCAGGGUCCAUCGGUCGGCCGGGUCCCGCUGGCCCCCCCGGCCCCCCGGGGCCCCCAGGCUCCAUUGGUCACCCCGGGGCUCGAGGGCCCCCUGGAUACCGUGGUCCCACCGGAGAGCUGGGAGACCCCGGACCCAGAGGAAACCAGGGGGACAGAGGAGACAAAGGCUCAGCUGGCGAGGGCCUGGAUGGGCCUGACGGAGACCAAGGGCUCCAAGGACCGCAAGGCGUGCCCGGUGUCGGCAAAGACGGCCGCGACGGGGCCCACGGAGAGCCAGGGCUCCCUGGCGAUCCUGGCCUUCCCGGUGCUGCUGGCGUUCAGGGGACCCCCGGCAUCUGCGACACCUCCGCCUGCCAAGGAGCCGUGAUGGGAGGGGGCGGGGAAAAAUCAGGUCCCAGGAGCUCCUAAACACAACUGCAGGAAGCGAGUGAGAAAGUGAUGCCGACGAGCAGCCAGCGGUGCGGGGACCUCGCGGGGACCGGCAGCGUCCCGGCAUCAAUGGUUGGACACCGCCGUGCCGUCCAGCGAGGCCUGCCCCUCCCUGUCCUCAGCGCCAGCGACUGGACACUUGGUCCCCGAGAGCACCCUUCACUGAGCUGCCGUCGAAGUGUUCUGUCUCUACGUGUAUUUACAACGGUCCGUUCGGCUGUACCGUCGUCACCCCUCAGACACCGGCCUAUGCAAUAAAACCGCCAACCCACCAUUUCAGAGGGAUCUAGGCCGUACGCAUAGAAAGUUCUGUACAAUUUCACGAGAGAAGAAAAUAUUCAGCAACUGGUUUACAUGGCAUUUGUGUAAAGGCUAAGAUAUCAUCUCAAUAAAAUGAUAUAUGAAAUCUUCAGAUUAAUGACUGGCCACAGUAUUACCAAAAAAAAUAAAGAAUUUAAUGUACAGUACCCCUUCCAUACAGAGGUCUCGUCUGAUUUACCUGCCUCCUUCGUGUACAAACG